ACUUGCGGCAAACUUCAUUCACUGGGGGAUCUCACGUCACUGUGUUGGCUAAAACUUGGUUGUUGUUAUUUUCCUGCCAUGGAGCGCAAAGUUGCUCGAGAAUUUCGCCACAAGGUGGAGUUGCUGAUUGAAAAUGAAGCAGAAAAGGAUUACUUGUAUGAUGUCCUCCGCAUGUAUCACCAGUCCAUGGAAUUGCCAGUGCUUGUCGGGGACCUGAAGCUGGUAAUUAAUGAACCAAAGCGUUUGCCCCUGUUUGAUGCCAUUCGGCCUCUCAUCCCACUCAAACACCAGGUGGAGUACGACCUGCUCACCCCCAAGAGGUCCAGGAAGCUGAAAGAGGUGCGUUUAGAUCGGACACAUCGUGACGGGCUGGGGCUGAGUGUCCGAGGAGGACUAGAGUUUGGAUGUGGUCUCUAUAUAUCACAGAUUGUCAAAGAUGGCCAGGCUGGAAAUGUUGGCCUUCAGGUUGGUGACGAGAUUGUACGCAUCAACGGAUACUCCAUCUCCUCCUGCAUCCACGAGGAGGUCAUAAGUCUUAUCAAGACAAAGAAAAUCGUAUCACUCAAAGUCAGACACGUGGGGAUGAUCCCUGUUAAAAGCUCAUCUGAUGAACCCCUCAAGUGGCAGUUUGUGGACCAAUUUGUGUCCGAAUCUGGGGAGAAAAAAAACAGUGUUGCUGGGCUGGCAUCGAUUGGAGGGAAGGAGAUCAAGGAAAAGAAGGUGUUUCUCAGCCUCGUGGGCACCAAAGGUAUGGGUAUCAGUAUUUCCAGUGGUCCCACGCAGAAACCUGGCAUCUACAUCAGUAACGUCAAAUCAGGCUCACUUUCUGCGGAGGUUGGACUUCAGGUUGGAGACCAGAUUGUGGAGGUGAAUGGAGUGGACUUCACGAAUGUGGACCACAAAGAGGCUGUGAGAGUCCUGAAAAGCAGCAGGAGCCUGACUAUUACUGUACUGACAGGAGCUGGCAGCAAGCUAUUUAUGACGGACGAGGAGCGUCUAGCAGUGGAGGCUCGCAGGGAGCUGGAGAGGCAGGAGCUGAUGCAUCAGAAGAGGGUGGCUCUGGAGACCAACAAGAUCCUUAAAGAGCAACAGGAGAAGGAGAGGCAGAGAAAGAUGGAAAUCUCCCAGAAGACUGCAGAUGAAGAGCAGCGCUACAAAAAGGAAAUGGAGAGGAUUGAGGCUGUGGAGAGGAAACACCAUCGAGAAUGGGAGGAAGACUAUGGAAGUAAAGAGCGGCCACCGAGUCCUCAGAUUCAGAGGAGCCCUUCACCUGCCCCACCUGAGAUUAAAACCUCCCAGUCUCCAAAGGCCAAAAGUUCUCAUGCUGAAGGCAGCUCAGAGGUGGUCAAGAAGGAAGAGGACAGACAACAUUUGGCUGGUUUUAUCGAUAUGAGGGGAAGCUUCCGUCAUUCCGCAAGCAUUGACACCCCAGAAAGGAGAAAAGAAGAAGAAAAAGAAAAAAGUGUCCAACACAGACACGCUGCAGGAGCAGAGAAAAAACAAAAAGGAGAUGGAGUUUGAGCUGAAACUGGCCAAGGAGAAAGAAGAGAUGUACGAACGUGAGAAGCAGCUGAAGAUCAAUAGGCUGGUUCAGGAGGUACGAUAGCUGGGACAGGAAAGCUUUGCUCAACUGUAUUGUAAUACAUUGCUUUAAUAUUUACUUUUAAGAUGCGCACUCGCCUAUAACAUCAUUAGGUACAUUCUCAUGUGUCACUGUCUAUACCACUGCAAACUAAAUGUACAAUAAUAAACAUUUUAUUAAUCUUCCAGGCACCAAAAACUUGUACAUUCGGCUCAUUUGAUAUUUAUAAUUCUUAAAAGGUGUAUAGAAUAUACAGUAUACCUUACCUUGGGGACUGAUUUGGUCCCAUUGACUCCAAUGAUAACCACAUUUUUUAAAGUUAAAAAUAUCUCCAAAAAUGCUGUUCCAACGAUAAUGGCCUGGUCAAGAGUGGGGACAAAAAGAAAAAAAUAAUUAGAACAAAAGGGGGAGAAAAAAAGGAAAAACCCCCCACAAAAAACGAGAAAAAAAAGGGAAAAAAAGGCUGUGUUUUGGAAAAUUAUGCGUAUUGUUUUUUGAUUAAAAAAAGAUCAAAAAUAAAAACAUAAAAAAAAUAUAUAUAUAUAUACAUAUAUAUAUUUUUAAAAACAUGUUUAUAGUUGUAAGCCUGAAAUUGUUAAGAUUUGAGGCAGUUAACAAAAAAAAAUCCUGUAACGACACUAUUUUUUUUUUUAUUAACGUGCACACGUCAUGUUUGAUCCUUGGCUGAUGCCGUAGUUUGCGGAAGCAGCAGUGGCAGAAUAUUGAGCAGAAAUGGAGAAAGAAAUGGGUAUUUUAAUGGAUCAAUUUAGCUUCAAAGCCCUGGCAGAUGGCUCUCACAACAAGACCUAAGUUGUUUGUAUCUACUGUCGCUGUGAUUGAAUUGGCUAAUAAUGCAACUCAAGUCGCAACACAAUAAAUAUUUUCUUAGUAAAAAAAAAAAAAAAAGCAUAAUGCAAAUAAAUGGAAUCAAGUGACAUAAAUUAUUUAAAAAAAACCUCAAUGUUACUUUGGUAUUUUAUAGUGGAGAAUGUGCAGGUCACAUUUUUCCACAAACUUGCGUUUCCGUGUCAUGUGAUUGUUGUUAGCAACUGAGACGUUGUUAAGUGGUUGUUGCUUGUUAUUCAGUGGAAAGUGAAUGCUUUAUACCACUUACUCUCUACUCCUGUCUCAUUGUGAUUAACACCUCCACAUUUGGUGACCUUCAACGUGAGUAAUAUGUUGACCGACAUUGGUGACAACAGCACGGCCGUACCGGCGCUGCUCAGUGCUAACGAAGCAGCCAAUGCAUUAAUAUGUGUGCAUGUAUGUGUAGGACUGAUUGACAUUUUGUGGUGCUGAAUUACAAUACCUGUGCACUAGGUUUCAGAGACAGAAAGAGAAGACCUAGAGGAGUCGGAGAAAGUUCAACACUGGGUUGAGCGUCUCUGUCAGACUCGGUUGGAACAAAUCUCUUGUGUCGAGAAUGAGUCACCAGAGGUAACCCGUGAGACCACCUUUGCCAUAAGCUUAUCUGUGUGUGUGGGUCCUUUCUUAUAUCUGCCAAAAGAAGUGUAUUUAUUGUUGCAAGCAGUAAAAUGUGGUUCAUUGUUAAAGACAACCCAUGCUCUGAAAUUAAAAGGAUGCACAACUGCAUUGCUGCCAAUGGCCAACAGGGGCACUUUGAGUUGGGGACAGAUUUUUACAGAAUUAUCCAUUAACUACCUGUACAAUGUUAGUGUGAGUAGUUGCAGAGAGAAAAGACAAGGGGAUGGCAUAUUAUUUCCAUUUUUCCCUUGUUAAAUUAAGAGUACAGCGAUAGCAGACAAUUAAAAGGGACAUUUGAUACCAGGCCACAAAGUAUUUUUAACAUUCAACAUUCAUUUUUUUGUUUCAUUGUGACUCUUAAGCUGUCACCUCCACUCUCCCCUACUUCGGAGCCCAAGGUGAAGCGUUUCCCUGGAGGUCUGCACCUGGCCACCACUGACCUGGAUGACAUUAAUCUGGAUGAGGUUGAUCAAAGCCUGAAGGGGCCG